CGCCGACCUUGCAGCGAUCCCAGCCGCCGCGCCCUGCCGCCGAGUUGGCUGCGGCCGCCGCGCUGCGAUGGGCCGCCGAGCCCCAGCCGGGGCGCUGCAGACGCCGCUCGCCAAGCCAGAUUUGACUGAAGAGCGACUUGGGGACAGCAGCUUGGCCGACAACGCUGAGACCUUCAGCGACAAAGACACGGACCAGAGGAGCUCCCCAGAUGUCGCAAAAAGUAAAGGCUGCUUCACCCCCGAGAGCCCCGAGAUAGUGUCGGUGGAUGAAGGUGGGUAUGCAGGCCAGAAAAACGGGGGCAACUCGGACAGCCGCUCCGACAGCCCCAAGUACCACGGGGAGCAGAAUCACCUCCUGAUCGAGGGCCCCUCGGGGACCGUCUCUCUGCCCUUCAGCUUGAAAGCCAACAGACCCCCCCUGGAAGUGUUAAAAAAAAUAUUCCCCAACCAGAAGCCCACGGUGCUGGAGCUGAUCCUGAAGGGCUGUGGGGGGGACCUGGUGAGCGCCGUGGAGGUCCUGCUGUCCAGCCGGUCCUCGGUCUCGGCCGCCGAGCGAACUGCAGCCGAGCCCGAGAGCCUCGUGCUGCCCUCCAACGGGCACAUCUUCGAACACACCUUGAGCUCCUACCCCAUCUCCUCCUCCAAAUGGUCCGUGGGGUCGGCCUUCCGAGUCCCAGACACGUUGAGGUUUUCUGCGGACUCUAGUAACGUUGUCCCCAACCCCCUGGCCGUGCCCCUGCAGCACCCUUUCCCCCAGCCGCCCCGCUACCCUCUCAUGCUGAGGAAUACUCUGGCGAGAAACCAGUCGAGCCCCUUUCUGCCCAACGACGUCACCCUGUGGAACACCAUGACGCUGCAGCAGCAGUACCAGCUGAGGUCCCAGUACGUCAGCCCUUUCCCGGGGAACUCUGCCAGCGUCUUCAGGAGCUCGCCUGUCCUCCCCGCGCGCACCCCCGAGGACCCGCGGAUCUCCAUCCCCGACGAGGGGUGCCCCAUGGUGUCCAAGCAGCCCAUUUACCCCGAGGACGACUACGACGAGCGGUCCGACUCCUCAGACUCCAGAAUACUCAACACAUCAUCUUAAAGUGGAACCGGAUGGGAAGGGACCAGGUGACACGUUCUGUGCAUCUGAACCCUGGGAGGGGGCAGGGAGGAGGGUCUGAGGAGAAGCCACAUCCUGUGUAUAUCUUUUCCUUCUGUUUGACAAAGUGACUGUGCUUGAUUCUAUUAGCAAUAAAAACAUAACUUAUUUAA